AUGGCUUCCAAAGAGCAUUUGAUCCUUCUCACAGGCGCCUCUGGCUUCGUCGGAGGACACAUCCUCCACAGUCUUCUUGCUGAAGGCUACAAUGUGCGAUGCACUGUGCGAUCCGAGUCAUCUGCAGCGUCUAUCAGGAACACACACAGCGCAUCCAGCAAUCAGUUAUCGUUUGCAACUGUCACAGACUUCACGCAUCCCGAUGCCUUCGACGAUGCUGUCCAGGGCGUCUCCGGAAUCAUCCACACUGCUAGCCCGUUUCUUUUGCAAAGCAAUGACCACGAAAACGACCUCGUCAAACCCGCCAUUCAGGGGACAGUGCAUCUUUUACAAGCUGCAUACAAGCAUGCCGGCCCUCAACUAUAUCGUGUUAUCGUGACCUCCUCCUUCGCGGCAAUCUUAGACAUGGAGAAAGGCUAUCGCCCCGGAUAUACAUAUACAGACACUGACUGGAAUCCGGCGUCAUAUGAGCAGGCAGUCUCCAAUUCCAGUACCGCAUUUGCCUAUUGCGCGUCCAAAAAGCUGGCCGAAAAAGCUGCCUGGGACUUUGUUGAAUCCACUUCACCCAAGCCAUCAUUUGCGUUGACGACGAUGUGUCCUCCCUGGAUUUUGGGUCCCAAUAUAGACGCCAAUAUUUCGCUAUCGCAUUUGAACGAGUCAACUCAGACCAUCUAUCAGCUGAUCAAUGGCUCUCUUUCGACGCCGCCUCCCACGGAUUUCGCGGGUUUUGCCGACGUGCGUGAUGUGGCGGAAGCUCAUUUGAAGGCAUAUCAAAAUCCAGAGGCAGCCGGUCAACGGUUUCUCAUUUCCAGGGGCAACUUCAACUACCAGACUGCUUGCGACAUCAUCCGGGAGUCUUUUCCUCAACUGGCUUCCGAGGGCAAGGUACCGGAGGGCACGCCCGGCGCAGGGGAGAAGGAGGCAGUGUAUAGGGUCGAUUCGAGCAAAAGUACUGCAGUGUUGGGCAUCGAAUACACCCCGUUAAAGCAGACACUCAAGGAUUGUGUGUCACAACUGCUUGCUGCGAGCGCCUAA